ACGUCAUUGAGGGAAAGCAGAGCAGAAGAGCGAAACAUGGCGACAUCAAACAAUCCGCGGAAAUUUAGCGAGAAAAUCGCUUUACAUAAUCAGAAGCAGGCAGAGGAGACCGCAGCAUUCGAGGAAGUGAUGAAAGAUUUGAGUAUUACCCGAGCAGCGAGGUUACAGUUACAGAAGACCCAGUAUUUACAGCUGGGACAAAACCGUGGGCAGUACUAUGGCGGAUCAUUGCCAAAUGUCAAUCAGAUUGGAAAUGGCACCAUUGACAUGCCUUUUCAGACUCCCUUUCAAGGUUCAGGUGACACUAGCAGGACAACACGGCAUCAUGGAUUGGUUGACAGAGUUUACCGGGACAGAAACCGCAUCACGUCCCCACAUGGAAGGCCCCUCGACAAACAUGGACGCCAAAUUGAUAGCUGUCCAUACGGUUCAGUGUAUCUGUCCCCCCCACCUGACACCAGUUGGAGGAGGACUAACUCGGACUCUGCGUUGCAUCAGAGCACCUUGAACCCACAGGACAUUUUCGCGGGAGUCUCACAGGACAUGCAGCCUAAACGAGUGCUUCUGCUUCAUGUACCAAGGCCAGAAGACACAGAAUCAGAUAUGGACAAAGACGAACAAAAACAGAACUGGGAUGGGAAAAAGAAUGCUUCAUCAAGGUCCAAGGUCCCAGGAAUCAAUAUAUUCCCGUCUCCGGAUCAGGAUCUGACCGCGACACUGAUGCCAUCAGCCCACGACACGGGCGGUGGCUCCCUGCCUGAUCUGACCAACAUCCAGUUCCCCCCUCCGCUGCCCACCCCCCUGGACCCCGAAGACUCCACCCUCAGCGCCUCCAACAGCACGGGAAACCUGGCCCCCAGCCACUCACACAGUUUCAGUUCCACCAGCCAAGGACAGACCACCUCCCAGCAAGGCAGGCAGGACAACAUGGUCAACCAGGACUCCCACCAGAACCACUCCCAACAGCUCUCCCCCACCCUGUCGCCACCGCUCACCCUCGCCCAGGUAGCGGAGACCAUAGAUGCCAUGACUCUGGAAGCGCAGAUGUCCCAGUAUGCGUUCUUCAGCCAGUCCUCCUCUCAGCAGCAGCAACAGCAGCAGACCACUCAAGGACUGACCAGGCUGGUCCAGCUCCCCUCCCCUCUGAACACCUCCAUCCAGACACAGAACUCCAUGGAUAUGAACUCGGGCUCUUUCCCCCAACAGUACCGCAGUAGGGCUGGGUCUUCAGCCAAUCAGUCUCCAACCUCUCCAGUCUCCAAUCAAGGCUUCUCACCUGGAGGCUCGCCUCAACACAACUCCAUAUUGGGGAGUGUAUUUGCAGACUUCUAUGACCAGCAACUCGCAUCCAGACAGACCAGUGCUCUCUCCCAACAGCUGGAGCAGUUCAACAUGAUCGACAACAAUAGUCUGUACGGACAGGGCUCAACCCUCAACUACUCCCAAGCAGCCAUGAUGGGUUUGACGGGAAGCCACGGCAACCUGCAAGACUCCCAGCAGCUGGGCUACAGUAGCCAUGGCAACAUCCCCAACAUCAUUCUCACAGCCACAGGAGAGUCUCCACCCAGACUGUCCAAGGGGUUGUCUUCUAGCUCUCUGUCAGCUGACAUCAGCUUCGAUGCGGACUCUCAGUUUCCCCUAGACGAGCUGAAGAUCGACCCGCUGACCCUGGACGGGCUGCACAUGCUCAAUGACCCUGACAUGGUCCUCACUGACCCUGCCACUGAAGACGCCUUUCGGAUGGACCGGCUGUAGAGCUGCUGCCAAAGUCACCGACGGUGUCGGUGAAACCCGGCCUGAGGGGUUGAGGGCUUGUGUCUGAGGGGAGAGGGCUACUUUUGGGGUGUGAGAGCCCAAGGCGAGGCCCCAGCUGUGAAGUGUGUUCAUCCCACCUCCCUUCACCAGCAGCUCCUUUCUAAGAGCUAUGGGAUAGUGAGGUAGUAGGGAAAUUAGUUUGUCAAGAAAUGGUCGACACAGUUUGCUUUCUCUCUUCAGAAUGGGAAAGAUGGAUGGCAACGUUGUCAUGUCUGGUGGAUAUUGAGCUUAUGGUCCUGCUGUGACUAGUUUGUGCUUACCUUUCUUCAUCCCUUAACCCUCUUUUCUUUUUCUUUUUUUACACAUGCAUCCUGCCGGCCAUUCUGUUGGAUGCUUUGGUUUUUGUAAAGAAGAAAAACAGUAGGGGCUACAACACUACAUUGGUCUCGCCUCCCAUUUUGAAGACAUUAACUGAUUCAAAUCAUGUCUGCAGGGGAAACUGUUUAUCUUUCUCUCACCUGCCAUAUUAGAUUAGCAUGUCUUAGCUUAAAUAAUCACUCAUCUGCUUUU